AUGCUACCCUCUGUAACGCCUAUAAAAGAAUUUCAAUCAUAGCCUUUAGUUAGAAAAAUCAUGAAAUCCCAAUUAGAAAGCACAAUCAAAUCCAAUAAGUCUUCAUCAGAUAUCAUUAAUAAAUAAUGCAAAUCCUCCUAUCAACAUUAUCGAAAAUAGAACAAUCAAUAAGAAGAAAUCUAAGUGCAAAAACUCUUUUUCAGGAAUCGCGAAAGCUCUUCUAGAGAUACUCCUCCAUCAUUUCUAAUUACAAAGCAUUUUGAAAGUAGAUAAGAAAUGAAGCCGCUAACAAUUGAAGAAACCAAGUACUAAGAAAAGAUUGAGUUUCAUGGCAAACGAUUGAAGAUAAAUCAGGAUUCUAUUGAAAACAACCUCAUGAAAAGUUUCUAACGCUUUCGAUUACAAGAAAAUGUCUGUCAGAGAUCCAUUGUGACUUCACAAAGAGCAAAACGGUCCUCCAUUACGAUGGAACAGAUACCCACCAGAGAUCGCUUUUUUACAAAAUAAGCAGGGUAGUUGUAAUCUCUAUUUUAAGAAUGCGACAAAUUGUAAUUGUUAAUCAGUUAUAUCUCAACACAAGUUCCUUGUAAUAUAUUUUCAUGUAUGUCCCUGAUCAUUCAAUCAAAGACAAAUCCGUUUUCGAGGAAAUUCACAUCAGUUGUCCAAGAAUAGGUUUUUAUCAAUUUUAUCUAUAGACUCAAGAUUAAUUCCAAAAAAAUAUACUUCUAUUUGAAGGACGGGACUCCUGUUUACUCGCAUUUAGAUAUUCCCCCAAAAUAAAGUGUUCUAAUUUACUCAACCUCUACUGUCUACAAGUAGAUAUUUAAUCCAUAAUUGCUCUAUCUCGAAAAUUGCUGUUCCCUUUACAAUUGCGAAGAAAUCACUAAGAAAAAUGAACCAGAUUAUACUCAAUAGAUCGAUAGCAUCAUUCAUACAUUAGUGCAUUAAAAUUACCAGUCAAUCGAUGAUGAAUAUCAAGUGGAUAAGGUCCCUGAAGAAAUUGAAAUCAAUCAAUAAUUUAUGAACUCCAAAGAACUCAAACACUCCUAUAAGGAAAUCAAGAGGAAUAAAAACUUUAAACCAAUUAUCAACAAAAUGUUCUAACCCUGUAAUGCUGUCAAACAGAAAAAUUAUAUCCAACAAUACAUGAAUGAUGAAUACAUAAUCAAAAAUCCAAAAAUAGAGAAAUUGGAGAAAAUAGAGGGAUGGUACGAAUAAGAAUUGAAAAAGAUUAAGUUCAAACCAGAAGAGGAGAAUUCAAAUGAGGAUUUGAUGGCUGUUCAUAUUGAUAGUGUUUCAAGUCAAUAAACUAUUGAAAGUUAGAUAACUUAAGCAGCCUAGUUGUUGGAACCUCUAUUAAAGAAAUUCUUGAAUCAAAAUAGUGGCUACUCACAAGAAGUUGGACCUGAAGUCAACUUUAACAACGAUGAGGAAGAGGAAAAACCUGAAUCUAUUAACCAUAUCGAGUAGAACAUCAGGGAACUAAUCACGAACAAAGGAAGUCUCCACAAAUUAUUAAAAAUCAAUAAGGAACUCUUUAUCGAGGGGAUCCCAAAGAUACUGUCUGAAACAAACUUCUCCAGAUAUGAACUACACAACACUUAUAUACUUUAUUGUGCCUUGCAAUAAAUCACGUCUCAACGAUAUAGAUACUAUAAAGUUGAUGAUGGAGUGGAUUAUAACACUUAUAGAAUGGGAAUUUAUUAGAUAUUUAUGCAGAGUGAAUAUUUGGCCUAGGAAAUCUUCAAUAAGAUCGAUUUUAAUUAUAGUGGUUUUUUGAAUUGGAGUGAAUUCCUGAAAUUGAUGGUAAGUAUUAGAGCCAAAACUUUGGUUUAAAAAUUAGACCUAUUUAUUUAAAUUUCAGAUAAGGAUGGCAAUGGGUAAUUGUGUUGGGACGAAAUCUUCCAGUUAUCCAAAGUGUGUUUAUCCAAGUACAUUUAAAAUAGUGAUGAUUUCUUGGAUAUGCUAUGCGAAUAUUACACUAGACUAAUAUUUAAAGUAGUAGAGAAAGAACCACAUGAAGAGAUUCCAUUUUCAGCCAUCAAAGAUGCCAUAUUAUCAUAAAAAGAAGAUUCGGAUUUACUUUGCAUGUUUUGUGGAGCUGAUAUUUGA